AUAACGAGGGGGUAAAGGGGCGGAAAAUACGGCUCAGAUAUGCGAGUCGAAUCUCCCAAAGAGCCGAGUCAAAGAGCCGACACGUUUGCAAACGACACCUCACCUCACUAGUCAAUAUGGCGACGCUCAUGCUGUGCAUGAGAGGUGUGUGUACAAUCCUCGAACCAGCUCUGACUGUAAGAAUCAGUAAUAGAUAUGUGCGCACAGUGAGGUGCAGACCACCUACCGUUUCUACUUCUGAUGAAGAGGAGAAGGAGGACUCGAUAGACCUGAAGUCAGGAGUGAAAAAUGAGCAGUUUAAAGGCGCAGAGAGGCUCAAACAUGCAUGUUCUCCUUCAGCAAUGGAGUCCAUGCUGGACACCACGAGGAACGUUUCAGAGUCACAUCAUGAGAAAACAACGAGCAAACAAGCAAGUCGUGGUUUGUCUUCCAAACCUCCAUGUUUCUACCAAGUGGAAAGUUUGCGGUAUGAGAAGGUGCAGCCUGAUGACAAGAGAGUGUCACGUUUGGUGAACUUGGCUCGGUCGAAGAAGCUUCGUGAGCAGCAAGGCAAAAUCCUCCUGGAAGGAAGACGUCUCGUUUGUGACGCGCUGGACGCAGGGGUUUCGCCGCUCGUCGUCUUCUUCAGUACGGCGGAGAGACUUCAGGAGCUUCCUGUAAACAAACUAGCACAUGCCAGCUUAGUCAAAGUCAAGCUGGAGGACGUCCGGAUCUGGCCUGAUGUCGACGCGGCGGUCGAUAUGAUAGCUGUCUUCAAACGUCCAGAGGUGUCCCAGCUGUUAUUUUCCGAGGAGAAAUGUGGGAAGGCGUUGCCUUUGACGCUUAUCUGCGAUAACGUGCGGGAUCCAGGGAACCUGGGUGCGACGCUGCGCUGUGCCGCUGCUGCCGGAUGCCACAGUGUGCUGCUCACUACAGGUUGUGUGGAUGUCUGGGAGCCCAAGGUCCUCCGUGCUGCCAUGGGCGCCCACUUUCGCCUUCCCAUAAUCCCUAGUCUGUCCUGGUCCGAUAUACAAUUUCACCUUCCUCCCUCGGCGACUGUCCACGUAGCUGACAACUCGAGCGGCUCCGUGGCCGAGCUGGAACUCGCAGGAACACCUAGGCGGCAAAAAAAAGCCGGAGACUACGGCUGGGUCAGCAGCCGCCAUAUCUCCAGGAAAGUGUACUGUGAAGAUGAGGAUGAAGAGGACAAGGUGGGUGGGUCUAGGCAGGCAAGCCCGGUUUUAGAGGCUCAGCCUUAUCAUAUGAGUUGGACUGGUAACCACACGGCCAUCGUGAUUGGUGGAGAGACUCACGGUUUGAGCCAGGAAGCCUUGCGACUGGCUGAGGAAACGAGGGGGCGGAGACUAUCGAUCCCCAUGGUGCGAGGAGUGGACAGUCUGAAUGCAGCCAUGGCUGCGAGUGUGCUGCUGUUUGAGGGAAGGAGACAACUGAAAGGACAAGCGUUAGAAUGAAUUCUACAUAAGCUUUGCAGCUAAACCCCCAACCCAACAAGAAACAGUACGAGAGUUGAAUUCUCGAAACCGCUCUUCCGAUUACGGCGACUCUGAGGCCUGGAAAACACCAUUUAUUUUUGGUGUAUUGAGCUGGGAUGAAAGCCAGAAAGUCUUUAAGGUGGUAGAAAUGUAAGAUAUCGUAUAGACAAGAAUAAUUCAUUAAGACAACGGGGAUUGGUUUGUUUUUAGAAAGAAAAGACAUGUUUGUGUGUGUGUAUAAUUCAGACUUUCUGCAGAAUGUCUCACUUUAUUUGUUUUAAAUAAAGUUUCUUUUUUUUUUGACAUCCAUA